AUGCGAAUAACUCCACAAACAAUCAGAAAGGCGGCCCGAAUGUCGCCCAACAUUUUGAGGCUUUUGCCUGCAGCUCGGACGCUGGAUGAAGCAAAAACGGAGCUCCGAUGGAUACAGGCGGAUCAUCCCGACCCCACACCGAAAAAGAUUGCGCGAGCGUGCUACGAACGAGGUCGCUUUUCGACGCCGCUUCAGUACGUGAUUGGCAACCAGCCGUUUGGAUCGUUGAACAUUGACUGUCGCAAGAAUGUACUGAUUCCGAGAUCAGAGACGGAGGAGUGGGCUUGCCACCUCUCCAACCUUCUCAAGACUCUAGCACGACGCAACAAAGACAUGCGACUGGUUGAUCUGUGCACGGGGACAGGAUGUAUUGCAUUGCAGAUGGCCACGUUACCUCUAGCUCUGGUGGCCGGUAUUGACGUUUCUUCAGAUGCCCUUAAUCUUGCAGAACACAACGAAAAACUCAACCAAACGAGCUUGAGAGCAGACAAGGUCAUAUUUGAACAGUUAGAUAUUUUGGACCCGAAAAACGACGCCAAGAUCGCCGCCUUGCACCCCACUAUCAUCACAGCGAACCCUCCGUACGUGAGCCAUGAGGUGGAUGCUGCUCAGGCAGUCAAGAAACACGAGCCCAAAUUAGCCGUGUUUGGUGGCAACGAGUUCUACGAAGCUAUCGCUCGCAUCACCAAUAAUUCGGGAGCGCAGGCUUUGGUGACCGAAGUAGGGUACCUGGAUCAGGCCAACUACACACAGUCGCUGCUGCCUAAAGAUUGGUCUUCGAUUGUUUUCAAGGACUUCAGCGACCGACCCCGAGCUGUAUUUGCAUGGAAGAAUGGAACUCCCUUUGAUAUACUGGGGGAGAGCGAGGGAGGAGGAUUUCGCCUUGUCGACAGCUUUUGA